UCUCGUUAACAUAACUGCAAGUGGAGCGAAAGAAGGUUGUUUUUUUUCUUAUUUGCUCAAAUCAAAAGAUGAUUUUGUUUCUUUCACCUUCAAAUUUCACUUCCUUUUCUUCAACCCAGUGAAGCUUUUGUACCAGGAAAACAAUGCCGAAGAAGCAAUUCGAAAGCUCCAACUCAAAUUCGAACUCCCAUUGAUUCAAGCUGUGGAUCAGCUCAGCUCUCAUGUUUCGAAGCACCAAUGUCGUUUCCAGGAUCUUCGACCGCCAAAUUCACACUCCUCCUCCCGGCACCAGUGUUCAUUGUGCUCGUCGAUUCUAUGAGAAUUUAGUCCCGGGUUUUACCAUUUAUGAUGUGGAAUGCCCCGAUCAUUUGUUUCGCAAGUUCACUGAUGAUGGUCAAUAUCUUAUUAGUUUUAGCAGGAACCAUCAGGAUUUGAUUGUUUAUAGACCCACUUGGCUGUCGUUUUCGUGUCAAGAGGAAUGUAGCAGUCAUGAUCUUCCUCCGAAAGCUCGGAGGUUUGAGAGCUUUUUUACCCAGUUGUAUUGUGUGACACUUGCUUCCUGCAACGAGAUUAUUUGCAGGGACUUCUUCCUCGCCGUGGAGGGUAACCAAUUCGGACUCUUUGCUACCUCUACUGCUCAAAUUCAUGAUUCUCCUGCCACUGGAGAAGCUGUUCAAGGAGUCCCUUUUAUAGAAAAAAUAACAUUUCAUCUCUUGAGGUUGGAAGAUGGGGUUGUGCUGGAUGAGAAGGUCUUUUGCAAUGAUUUUAUCAAUUUAGCUCAUAACCUGGGAGUAUGCUUGUAUGAUGAUUUACUGGCAAUUGUAUCACUUCGAUAUCAAACUAUACAUGUUCUACAAAUCAGGGACUCUGGAAACCUUGUUGAUGUACGGGAAAUUGGCUCAUUUUGUCGUGAAGAUGAUGAACUUUUUCUUAAUUCUAAUUCUCAGUAUAUGACAACUUCUGACAGAAGUAGGUUACAUCACUUGCCUGGAAAUCACAUUGAGAAUGGUUCAAAUCAUGACCAACCCAAUCAAGAUAAUGCCUUUUUGAGUGGCAUCAAACAGCGAUUGCUUUCAUUCAUAUUCCAAGGAAUAUGGAACGAAGAAACGGAUCAAACAAAGAGGGUCCAAUGCCUGAAGAAGAAAUUCUACUUCCAUUUUCAAGAUUAUGCUGACUUGAUUAUCUGGAAGGUACAGUUCCUGGACCGACAUCACCUGCUAAUCAAGGUUGGUAGUGUAGAUGCAGUGGUAUCUCGAAAUGCUGAUCAGCAUACUGCAUUUUUUUUUGUAUAUAAUAUGGAGACAACUGAGGUCAUUGCAUUUUAUCAGAACUCUGCAGAUGAGCUUUACUUCUUGUUUGAGCAGUUUUGUGAUCAUUUCCAUGCAACAACUAGAAAUGCAAUGUACAUGAACUUCAUAUCAUCACACUCAAACAACAUUUAUGCUCUUGAGCAACUAAGGUCCAUUAAAAAUAAAGCUGGAAGUUUUCCGCAGUUUGUGAAGAAGAUGCUGGCUUCUUUGCCUUUUAGUUGUCAGUUACAGAGUCCUUCCCCAUAUUUUGAUCAAUCUCUCUUUCGCUAUGAUGAGAAGCUGAUUUCUUCAACUGAUCGGCAUAGACAAUCAACAGAUCACCCCAUCAAAUUCAUUUCCAGAAGGCAGCCGCAUACCCUCAAAUUUAAGAUUAAGCCUGGUCCUGAAGCCGGUACCAUAGAUACUCGGACGAAAAGGUAUUCUUCAUUCCUAUUCCAUCCAUUUUUGCCUCUUGCGCUCUCCAUUCAGCAUAAUUGGUUCCUGCAGCCAUCCUAUGUGAAUAUUCACUUCAGGAGAUGAGUUUCUUUGUACCCGUCUUUGUCGCUCAUUUUCCACUGCAUCUGUACAUUUGUCAUUUUAUAAAUUUGUGUACAUUCACAAUUAUACUAUCCGCUUUCUGCAACCAGAAUAUCUUGAAACACUGCAAUGAAAAUAGGAAAAAGUGUUUGUAUCCUUGUUUAGGCAUGGCAUUAUUUUCUUCUUUCACCCCAUUUUUGUUCUAUGUAAAACUGUUAUGCAGGCCAAUAUUUGUUUACUUCA